AUGAAAUAUUUGUCGCUGAUUUUCUUUACGGCAUUAUGCCUUACCUUGGCCAAUUCAGCAUGUGUACCAUUUUUUGGUAGCUGUUCGAAUCCAUUUGUGAAUUCGGUGCCGAUUAUUAUUGUUACACCAUCAUCGAGUAGUUUCUUCGAUUGGUUGAAAUGUAUUUGGGGAGGAUGUGCGAAUACACCCCCUACCAAUUGUCCACCACCACCAUCACCGCCGGUUAUUGCGCCCACACCAUGGCCAGUAACUCCAGCACCAUCACCACCAUUGGGAACCUAUCCCACGGCACUGCCACCGGCAACAACAACACCAACAUUACCACCCACUACACCACCUGGUAGCGGACUCAUACCAAGCGUGCCUCAGCCACCAUUUGGAACUUUUCCUGCACCCACAGCCCCAACUGGUACCGCGUCACCUGGAAGCGGUGUUAUACCCACAAGCCCAGCAACCGUUCCACCACCGCCAACAAGCCCAACUACGGGCUGGGCCACACCUACUUUGCCAUCAACCCCAACUGCUGGCUGGCCCACACACUCUAUGCCAACUACUCCAGAACCCGCUCCUAUACCACCACCAGCAACUAGCCCAACUGGUGUGUGGCCUACACCUACGGCGGCAACAUCCCCUACUGCUCCAACAACUGCCUGGCCCACACACUCUAUGCCAACAACUCCACCAGGUAGUGGUGUCAUACCCAGCACCUCACCAGAACCCGUACCACCACCGGCGACAACCCCAACCGCUGGCUGGACCACACCCACUGUACCAACUACUCCGCCAGGCAGUUGGACACCAACAUUAACACCAACUGCUGGGUAG